AUGUCCGCAGCAGCAGCGGCGGGUCGCGCCGUGUGGUUCGACGCGCACUGCCAUCUGCAGGACCCGCGAAUCGCCACGCGCGCCGCGCGCAUCGUGGGCGACGCGGCCGACGCGGGCGUCCAAUGGAUGGUCUGCAACGGCACGAAUGAGGGGGACUGGGAUGCAGUGGCCGCCAUUGCUGCUGCCCACCCUUGCGUCAUCCCAUCCUUCGGCCUGCACCCAUGGUACAUCCACUCUCGGUCGCCCCAGUGGCUGCAGCAUCUGGAGGAGCGGCUCUCAGCCCCUCCCCACGCUGCCAUGGGCGAGGCAGGCUUGCAUCGUACCAGGAAAGCCAGCAGCAGUAGCAGCGGCAGCAGGGGUUCAGCGAUGGAGGAGCAGGUGGAGGUGAUGUGCCAGCAGCUAAAGCUGGCUUGCCGCUUGCACCGCCCCAUCGCCCUGCACUGCGUUCAGGCGUAUGGUCACAUGCUCACGGCCCUGCAACAGCACGGCCCAUUCCCAGCAGGAGUCAUUCUGCAUUCCUUCAACGGCCCUCCAGACAUGCUCCCAGCGCUUGUGUCUCUCAACGCUUACUUCUCCUUCUCCCGCCUCUCCGCCUCCUCGGCCCCGCACAAGCUCGCACACCUCCUGCACCAGGUGCCUCUGGAUCGCCUCCUAUUGGAGACAGACUCACCUGACGGCCUCCCCCCUGCCAGGCACAAGGGGGAGGAGGGCAGCACUGGGAGGGGCGGGGGAGAAGACGGAAAAGCGGGGAGGGGUGCAUAG